AGCGGAGUUGAUUGCGCGCAGAGUGUAAUUUAAGUCCGCAGGUCGGGGAAUCUCUUCAAAUAACUAAACGUAAAGAAAAUGCUGUCAAACUGCGGAAAGAAGAUUCUAAACUGCAUAUUCGAGGACAUGCAGUCGAUCCGAAAAAUGUCAUCUGUUGCCUCUGCAGUGAAAAAACACGAUGCCCUACAGGAACUGGCUUUAAAAGAAAACUGUAUCCUAGUGGACGAAAACGAUAAAGUCACAGGUCAUACCUCGAAGCGAGAUUGCCACAGAGUCAGUGAAAACGGUCGAGUGAAACUACAUCGCGCUUUUAGUGUUUUCCUGUUCAAUUCAGAUGGCGAUAUGUUAGUGCAAAGACGCUCAGAACACAAGAUUACAUUUCCCGAUCGUUACACAAAUGCGUGCUGCAGUCAUCCCCUCUUCGAUAUUACCGAAGAGCGCGAAGAAAGUAACGCAAUUGGAAUUCGAAAAGCAGCCCAAAGACGCCUCAACUAUGAAUUGGGAGUUCCAUAUGAUCAGGCAAAACCCGAAGAUUUCCACUAUCUGACACGUAUCCAUUAUGAGAACACAGGCGAUGGUAUCUGGGGUGAACACGAAAUCGAUUACAUCUUAUUUUUGCAUAAAAAUGUUGACCUAUGCCCGAAUCCUAAUGAAGUGAGCGAAAUACGAUAUAUUAAGCGAGAGCAGCUCGACAAUGAAUUACUUAGCCUGCAGGCACCUUUAACACCUUGGUUCAAUUUAAUUUUGAAAUACAGGCUCAAAUUGUGGUGGGAUAAUUUGAAUUCCCUGAAAAAUUUUGAAGAUUUUGAUAAAAUUCAUAAAUUGGAAUGAUAGUAAUAUAAUUUGUAAUAAAGAUACCAAAUUGUUUUUUUCUUCUGUACAAAGAAUUUAAAAAUACAAAUUCUACUAUGGUAGGCUAAGAUGGUACAUAGUACACGUAGAUAGACGGUGGAUUAACAACUAAGAAAUAUUUUUGUAAGGUUGUAAUGUUAUCAUAUUUACAGGUGAAAUUGUUAUUGGACUGUUUGUAUUAUUUGUAUGUUUGUUGGCAGGAAAGUGAAAUAAAAGGACGAUAUGGGAACAA